GUUAUAGAUAAGACCAUCCCCUUCAAGGCUCACGAUCCUAAUGAGAAUGAGAAGACCACUAGGGAAGAUGAGGGUGAUGACCAUGUUGAGCCUAGCAUAGAGGAUGUGCCUAGUGAGGCACGUAGAUGUCUGAUAUCCGCACCUUUUUCUCAAAGGUUGGUUUCACUAUUAAAGGCUAAU